GGAUAUCCACGGUCUGAAGACUACAACAUUUUGGGGGCAGCAGGUGCUCUACUGGGAGUCCGAAGGCAGUGAGGCUGAACUGGAGUUUAGCCAUGGCUUCCUAGAGGCGCAUGCCAGUUUCCAGGGCCAGUAUUGGACCAUCCCGCCGAGGACACCGGAACAGGUCAACAGCGUGGCUCUGUCCUAGAUUUCUCUCCAACGGCCAGCUGGAAAGAGAGGCAGCCCUACUCCGGAAAGGGUGACCAUCCCUGGACUAUGCAACUCUAGCCUCUUGAGAGGUUCUAAUGCCUGCCAGCCGAAGGGAACCGCUUUUAGUGACCUUUUCCAGGUGCAGAAGGGCGGGGACUGGUAGGUGGAGAUCAGAAAAGCAGUCCCAGUCCUCAGGGCUAAUAAAGGAUACAGGAAACCAGACUGGAGUUUUCCUCCCAUAACUUGCUGCCCACAGCAAGCCUGGCUUGAAAGCUUAUUUUACUGAAAGGCGGGGUUCCCUGGAGGUCUGAACAGACCCUUUGCCACUUCUAGAUGACCUCUUCCAAUCUUGGGAAGAGAAAAGACCAGUCCAGACCCAGCGAACCUGUAAACACGCCCCUUCUACGCCAUUUCUCCCCGCCCCCGGCUAUGGCCUGCGGGUCCGCCCCUAUGCUAAUCACCGCCUCUCCCACAAGGCCGCGCGCGGGUGGACACGUCCCUUUGUGCGCGCCCGGGGCUGCGCGCAGCGUUCAGCAUGAGCGGCUCGGUCGCCGCCGGAGCGGCCGCCGGCCCAGCCCCGCCGGCGCAAGAGGAGGGCAUGACAUGGUGGUACCGGUGGCUGUGCCGCCUGGCGGGAGUGCUAGGGGCAGUGUCCUGUGCCAUCUCUGGACUCUUCAACUGCGUCACGAUCCACCCUCUGAACAUCGCAGCUGGGGUGUGGAUGAUCAUGAACGCCUUCAUCCUGUUGCUGUGUGAGGCCCCCUUCUGCUGCCAGUUUGUGGAGUUUGCAAACACAGUAGCUGAGAAGGUUGACCGGCUGCGCUCCUGGCAGAAGGCCAUCUUCUACUGCGGGAUGGCCAUCGUCCCCAUCGUCAUGAGCCUGACCCUGACUACACUGCUGGGCAACGCCAUCGCCUUCGCCACCGGGGUGCUGUACGGACUGUCUGCCCUGGGCAAAAAGGGAGAUGCCAUUUCUUAUGCUCGGAUCCAGCAGCAGAGGCAGCAGGCGGAUGAGGAGAAGCUGGCUGAGACAUUCGAGGGGGAACUGUGAGGUGAGGCAGGGCGGCCUGUCCUCGUUGCCUACUGCCACUGGGCUCUGUGAACUUGUAGAAGGCUGAGUGUCAGCUCUGCUGAACAUCCUGGGACAGGAGUACCUGCAAGUCUCCAUGCCUCCAGUCUGCCUGUGCCUACCCUGUUCUGUGGACCUCCUGAGCCUGGAGCUCCUGCCCCACUAGUACUGAAGGCCUGGGCUGCGGGAUAUGGAUGGGGUGAACUCACUCCUGUCAGCCUGUGGUGCAGAUGCUGUGCUGGUGACCCUUCCCAGGCCUAAGAGCAGCGUCCCCUGAACACAUCAGUCCUCACGAGAGGCUUCACCCAGGCUUCAGCCACUUCAGGUUUCAUCCUUUUUAGGUCUAAGGAUGCAGGUAGUUAGGGCUUUAAUUCUGCUCCAUGAACCUAUCCUUGGAGCAGAGGAAGAGUACAGCAGUGUCUUGAGGUCACCAGGAGCAGGAGAGAUGGCUGGUCAUUUGAGAAUCCACAGCGCUCCCAGGAUGCAGCUUCCUGGCCAGAAGAGCAUCCUUGGCAGCGGCCAGAGGGCUGCUGGAAGUUCCCUAGUGCUCAGUGCUAGGAAGUGUGUGUGCGUGUCUGUCUACGGGGUGAUGUGUGGGCAUGUGUACUGCUGCUAGCCUGCACUGAGAACCUCCUCGUCGGGGAUGGCAGAUUCCUUACUAGUGGGCUUAACCUCAGGUAUUCUUCCCAACCUGCCCCUGGCAGCCUGUAGCCUUUGAAGAGCUGGGCAGAGACCAGACCAACCUCUCACACAGAGCUGGCCCCUUCUCAGGUACCAGACCACAGAGAUAAGUCUGCAUGACUAGGGCAAGGAGAGCUGCUCUGCUGGGACACGGCUCCAGGGACAUGCUCUGGCUUGUCCCCUAACCUUCCUCUGCACUGCUACCUUCCCACUGUCCUGUGACAUUGGAUUAGUGGCUGAUUAGGUGGGUCCUUGGCCGCGCUUGGCCGCCUGGCUGAAGGGGAUGUGUAAGGUGCUGAGCCCGCCUUCCUCCUGCACUAGGCCUUGUCCAUGGUACCCCGCCCUGGAGUUGUCAAGUUUCUAGGGGGAUCUCUAGCUCAUCAGUGCCUGAGGCCAGGAGGAGUGGACAUUCUAUUUGGGACAGCAGCAGUUCUCCAGAGAACCUGGCCAAGCUGGACCCUAGACUGGCAGAAAUGUCCUAGUGUAGCUGGCUUAGGAGGACCUGUGCCUUCACGGUUCAUCAGAGGCGAUUUUCCUUGAGCCAGGGAUGGGUUUCAAGGACUCUGUGUAUGUGUCGGGGCCUGUGCUCACGGUGAGACCUGUCUACCUCCCAGGAGGAGAAAAGGCCCCACCUGCUCCUCUGGUUACUUGGAUGGGCAUGAGACGGGGCUAGUUCUGCCCAGGCCUCCUGCCUCUGGCAGUAGAACUCAAAGGCUACAUGUAGAGUAAGAUUGUACCUCACUGGGGAAAUGCAUUUUGUGCUGGACAGGCAUUGGGUGAGGUGUAAAGGUAGAAGCCCCCAGACAUAGAGCAGUGUGGGCGGUCAGUCACUUCUGUCCUGAGGCUCUUGGCAGGUCCACGGCACAGUGACUCUGGAGCCUGCUGCUUUGCCUCUGAGCAUGGGCACUGUCCAGCCCAGCCCAGGCCUCAUUCUUGUCUGUGUCUGGGGUCUUCCUGUGGCUCCUCUUGCCACCCACCCUGGUUUGUUUGUCGACUGGAUUACAUUUUGGAGUAAAGCAAAUCUGUAGUUGGUAUGCA